AUGGCCACUCUUUGCCGCGCCUUCAACACCAGACUUCCGCGUACUGUCAAUAUCAAUAAUCCCAUCAUCAACCCAUCAUCCUCCAAGCUCCGUCCUCUCAUUCCGCGACGCAACCUCGGCAUCCCGCCACAGUACCUCCUGGACGAGUACAUCCCACGCUACCAGCUACUUACAUCCGUCGAGGCGGCCAAGAAACGCUCCCAAGCAUAUGCACAUUUGCAAAACUGCAAUUUGUGCCCCAGAAAAUGUGGCGUUAACCGGUAUAAGGAGACGGGGGUGUGUUUGAUUGGGGCGGAGACAGCGAAGGUUAAUGUGAUCGCACCGCAUUUUGGUGAGGAGCCCUGCAUUACGGGAUAUCGGGGGAGUGGAUCGGUUUUCUUCUCGGGGUGUAAUUUGAGAUGUGUGUUUUGUCAGAACCAUGACAUCGCGCACCAGCGGAAAGGAUUCGAUUUGACACCAGAAGAACUGGCAGAGUGGUACCUUAAACUACAGCAGGUUGGAAACGUACAUAACAUCAACCUGGUUACGCCAGAGCAUAUCGUCCCGCAGGUAGCACUAUCCAUCCUAGCUGCUCGAGACAUGGGUCUCAAGUUGCCAGUGAUCUACAAUACCUCGUCAUUUGACUCUCUCGCUUCCAUAGAGCUGAUGGACGGUCUGGUCGAUAUCUACCUGGCCGAUUUCAAGGUCUGGAAGAACAGCACUUCGAAACGAUUGCUCAAGGCGGACAACUAUGCGGAGACAGCUAUGGAAAGCAUCAAGGCCAUGCACAAGCAGGUUGGUGAUCUGUGCUUUACGUCUGAUGGUAUCGCCAAGAAGGGUGUCUUGCUCCGUCAUCUAGUCAUGCCGGGCAAGGAGGAUGAAGGUAAAGAGAUCGUGAGAUGGCUGGCAGAGAAUGUGUCCAAGGAUAUGUAUAUCCAUAUCAUGGAACAGUACCAUCCUGAUGCUCAUGUGGGAAAGAAAAAGCGCGCCACCAAGCAGGCGGAAGGUGGCCCGGAGGAGGAGGUCCGGUAUGCGGAUAUCAACCGUGCUGUGACUGAUCAGGAGCUGGGCAGUGUGAAGGACGCUGCGCGCGAGGCUGGGAUGUGGCGAUUCGUCGAAGUCAAUGAGCAAGGCGGCUAUGAAACCUUAUGUCGCCAUUCCGGCGACCCUGGCCCUCGUCUAUCGCGCCUGGUCUCGCAAAUCGCUGACGACUACGGGCAUCGUCGCUGCCGCCAUUACUGCUCUCGUCCACGCCCAGCACCCGUGGUCGACACCGUCAAACAUGAUAUUAAAAGCCAACUGACCGUCUCCUCGACCGGGUCUAGCGGUGGAGAGGGCCCUCGAACGCAUAUUCAGGUCCUGGCCAACUCUAUUAUCGCGUCCAUCUUGACGCAGUUACACUCAAGACAGCUGGCGCGGAGUGGGCGGGAUUGCUUUUCGAAGGGAACAGAUGCGGCGGAUUUGUUGAUGGUUGGAGUUGUUGCAAAUUACGCCGCCGUUGCUGCCGAUACCUUCUCCUCUGAACUCGGCAUUCUCUCCAAGUCGAAACCGCGCCUCAUAACCUCCCUGACGCUCCGCGUCGUUCCGCCAGGCACCAACGGCGGUGUUACAGCCGCUGGUCUUCUGGCUGGUCUGUUUGGUGCUUUCACCAUCGCAGUAACGUCAACGGUGCUGCUACCUUUCUGUUCGGACUGGGGAUAUGGAGAGAAGGGGUUAUGGAUUGCUGGAGUGACACUGUGGGGUGGACUGGGAAGUCUUCUGGAUAGCUUCCUGGGCGGGUGGCUCCAGAGUAGUGUGGUCGAUAAGCGGACUGGGAAGAUUGUCGAAGGCAGUGGCGGACAGAGGGUCCUCAUACACCCUUCUUCCACCCAACCUGCCGAAACUGCGAAUACUGCAACCCUGAAAGGUGCCAAAAUCACGGGGUCAUCAGCAGGGUCGCAGCCGGGAAGUCAUGACCCGGAACACGAGAGCCGAAAGGUCGAGAGCGGGUUCGACUUGCUUGAUAAUAACGACGUUAAUGUCUUGAUGGCGACGAUUAUGAGCAUUGGUGGAAUGGCGGUUGCAGGUUACAUUUGGGAUGUUCCGCUGAGCGCUGCUUUUGCGAAAUAA